GACAUAUGUCACUUUGACAAUUCAUUUGUUAUUGUUCCAAUUAUUUUAAUUUAUUCGUUUGGCUGCUGACUAACUUUAAUAAUCAAAAUGACUGAGUCGUCUAGGAAGUGGCUGAAGAAAGUUAUUAUCACUGCUGAUGUAUAUGCUAUAUGUUUGCAACAUGUCCUUUCGACUGAGAAGGAAGAGGUGAUGGGAAUUCUGCUUGGUAAUGUGGAUGAAGUUAACAGGAUAUCACACAUCUCUGCUUGCACAAUUUUGAGUAGACUUGAUAAACAGCCGGACAGAGUGGAAAUAUCACCAGAGCAAUUGUUCAAUGCCUCCAUGUACGCAGAGACAUUAACAAAACGUUUAGGCAGGCAAUUAAGAGUCAUUGGUUGGUACCAUUCACAUCCUCACAUUACAGUAUGGCCUAGUCAUGUUGAUCUGCGAACGCAAGCUCUAUAUGAAAUGAUGGAUAAUUACUUCGUGGGAAUUAUCUUCUCGGUGUAUCCGAAGAACACGGGUUCAAGUGACAAUCAGAUCCAGAUGAUUGCGUUCCAGUCGCAGACCAAUCGAGAUGAUCUUAAUCCUAAGAUAGAGAUCGACAACUCGAGGUUGGAAAGCCACAAUUUAGAAGCUUUAACCACAUUACCAAAGAUGCUGGUGCAGGAGGAAGUCCAGCAGCACCAGGACAAGGAUCAAGAAUGUCCGGACCUGCUGAUCAAACUGCAUAACGACGCUCUAAAGACGUUGAAGCACGUGCACAUUGUCAGCAAAAUAACGAGACCUAUGUGCGACGAUUUGGAGGAAAGGUUGAACGUGACCAACCUGCGGAUCGAAGAGCUGAGAAGGAUCAAGAAAAAUCUCCAGAGCAAGAAGUAAAACGGCCAAAUUGUCUUCAAUGGGUGUGACUGUCUAGUAAAAGCGUGGCACUUUGGCAGUUGUAACAAUCAGAUAUUAUUGUAAUACUAGUAAUAAUAAAAUAUAAAGUGGUUAAAAUUGAAUCUUUUAUACAUGCACAAAUGACGUUCUCAAGAGGUCACAGCAAAUAAAUUGCAUAAAUAGAUAUACAGACUGCAUUCACUUAAAUUACUUUACUAUGCUAACCGGAUGUACGUUAUUGAUGAUUUGUAUACACGUCUUUUCGUUUGCACAUAGUGCGGAUUCGAUUAAACCGGAUCACUAUAGUCCGGUUUAAAAAUUUCGAAACAAUCUAAAUGUAAAUUGUGAAAAAUAAAUUAUGUUAUAUUCCCCCAUUUGUCCGGUUUCAAACAGCGAAUUGACGAAACCGAUUAACCGCACUAUGUAAUGUAUUACUAUACUUAGAUUUCAAAUGAACUAUAUAUUUAUUUUUUUAGUGAAGAAAAAUAGCAACAUCAAAUAACUCAAAUAUACAAUAGGGAACAAUGUACGUUCGUAUGGAUGUUUUUAUAUUAGAGAACAGAAAAGUAAUCAUGUACGUAUUAUCGAACUUACUCUAUUUAUAUGAAUUUUAAGUGAAUUUUGACUUUGCAAUAGAACCCACUGCUUUUUCGUAGUAUUUAUAGAAACGAUUUAAUUAUAUUUCAAGAAUAACAUCCUUUUGGUGCAAGUAAACUAUGUAAUGUUGAAGAAUAUGAGUAUUAAUUGAAAAAUAUUAAUAAAAGGCUAUGGAAAUUUGAAAAUAUUGCGCAUUUUAUUUGUUUACCAUUGUAGUUUAUAUAUCAAAUUGAACGCUCUUAUGUAACGCGUCAUUUUUGAGACUUAAAUCCUUGCUACUAAUGUUAAAUAGCCUUAACAAGCCUGAUUACUUUAUCAAAGUGCACUGAGAACAAAUAAAACUUGUUAUUUACAAAAAAUUAAAACCUUAAAUCAAUUUCAAAUGUGUGU